AUGCAAGGUAAUCAGAUAUCGUACCCAUCAUUAAGAGACGAAACACGGACUUUUCCCUUAUCUUUAAGGGGUUUGAGAGACAAUGUUAUAGCCUCCAUCUCAACAUCUUCGACUAAGACAUCAAAUGAUCUCCUCCACAAAAUUGAAGUAUGCCUAGAGUAUGCUAAUACGGUUAUAAAUAAUAUAUUAGAGGAGCAUGAAAGGCUCGAGUCUCUUUCUUCUGAAUUAUCAAUAACGAUUAUAAAUUGUUCUACAUUUUAUUCCGAUAUUGCAAUAGAGUUAUUAAAAAGAGCAUAUUCCAGUAAUGACCCAAAAAAUAAGUUGUGGUCUAUUGCAGGUGAACAAGUAAAGAAGGGUCUUGGACUUCUACAAUUUCUCAAUAUAUACCUAAUAAACAACAAUAUUCCAACCAAAUUCGCCCAUAGCAUAAAUGACCGUAUUGAGGAAUAUCAAAUAUUAUACCAGUUGAGUAUCAUCAUUCUUUCAUUUUUAAAAUUAAAAAUUACAAUGUCUAAUCCAGAAACAACUAAGUUAGAUCUUCAAACUAAUGAUAUGGCGUCAACAGCAUCAUUAUGCCUGUUCAAUGCCAAAUUAUGUAUCGGUUGUUAUAAUAAUGCACAGGGUUUCAAAUUUAGUAAUUUAAUCAACAAGCACUUGUUGUCAUAUUUGGAGGGAUCCGUUUUUUUAUUAAUGUCUAUUGAUAACUUUCAUAAAAAUGAAACAGGUGUUGCUAUUGGGAUGCUAGAGGAGACAAUAAACGAUUUUUCAAAUAUAGUACCUCGAGAAUAUAUAACUAAGACAACUUUAGACAAAAAAUCGUCAUCUAAGCUAAGUCAAACGAGUCUCCUAAAACAGAAAGAAAUACUGAAGAAUAAACUACAACACAGAGUUCUUUCAUUUAAAAACGGAAUACAAAAAAAGCAACAUGAUAAUGAUCCAUCAGAGCUUAUUCCUGUUUUAGUGGAUAUGUUAGACGAUUUCUUGAUACCUCUGAUCGUAUUACUGAGGUAUGUUUUCCAAAAAACUAAUGACAAAUUGUCAUUUAAACCUAUUGAAAGAGAUAUCAAACAGUUAAAAUCAACAUUUCCAAUAGGAAAAACCCCCAAAAUGGAUGGAAUAGAAUGGAGGUAUGAGAAUUGUAAGUUGACGACAAAUACUGGAAAUGAUUAUAAAGAAGCCCAAAAUUACUUUUGA